CGUAAGUUAUAAAUGCUGAUAACGUCGAGAGGACCUUGAGGCGAUCACAUAAAUUAUUCAGCUUUGCGUUUCCCGCCCAGUGUUACACGGCCGACGGUUGUGACAUCACAUACUCAUGGCGUCCAAAAAUGUUAUGGUUAGGUUCAGUGAUGGGAGAAAAUACCCACAGCUGGGUCUGGGCACUUGGAAGUCCAAACCUGGUGAAGUGAGUCAAGCGGUGAAAGAUGCCAUCGACAUCGGCUACAGGCACAUUGACUGCGCCUUCGUGUACGGCAACGAGAAGGAAGUGGGAGACGCCAUCACAGAGAAGAUUAAGGAGGGAGUUGUCAAGAGGGAGGAGCUGUUCAUAACGUCCAAACUGUGGAACACCUUCCACCGCCCGGACCUGGUGCGAGGAGCGCUCAUGAAGAGUCUCCAGAACCUGAACUUGGACUACUUGGAUCUGUACCUCAUACACUGGCCUCAAGCCUAUAAGGAGGACGGAGAACUGUUUCCCGUGGACGAGAGCGGUAAGAUCCAAUUCUCUGAUGUGGACUACGUGGACACCUGGAAGGCGUUGGAGCCGCUCCAGGCCGAGGGACUGAUUCGGAGCCUCGGAGUGUCCAACUUCAAUUCGCGCCAGCUGGACCGAGUGCUGGAGUCCGCCAGCAUCAAGCCCGUCGUCAACCAGGUGGAAUGCCACCCCUACUUAGUCCAGAAAAAGUUGAAGGAGUUCUGCGCGGCCCGAGGGGUGCUGCUCGCGGCCUACUCCCCGCUGGGCUCCCCGGACAGGCCCUGGGCCAAACCCGACGACCCACGGCUCCUGGACGACCCUCGACUGAAGGAAAUAGCGGACAGGCUGGGCAGGACCGUGGCACAGGUGUUGAUCAGGUAUCAGCUGGAGCGCGGCAACAUCGUGCUGCCCAAGUCGGUGACUCGCUCCCGGAUCGAGUCCAACUUCGCAGUGAUGGACUUCCAGCUGUCCAAGGACGACCUGGAGCUGAUUGACUCCUUCGACUGCAACGGACGCUUCGUGCCCAUGACGGCGUCUCUCGGCCACAAACACCAUCCGUUUGAGAACGACGCCUUCUGAACGCGGCCCGGCCUGGUAUUGAACUCAUUGUACACAGAUUAUACCCAUGUUAAAUA